AAGGUUUUCUGCCCGCGUGAUUGCAAUAGAGGUCGGAGGUUUGUGACACAGAUGUUGCGGCUUCUUCAACCGGGUUCAUGUAGAAAUUGCAGGUCAAGAUUUGAGCCUAGGGUUUGAAGGUUUCGAGGGAGGUACUUCACUAGAACCAAUUAUGGAAGGCAUCUUGCACUGAAGGGAGUCCGGCUGGUGUAGAGGUUAAGAAGCUGACAAACAGCCACCAUGUGGUCUCCAGGUCCCCAGGACAAUUCCUCAAGUUCAGAAUCUGAGGAUGCGGGCGAAGACGGAGGACAGUCCGCGAAGAGCUUUCUCGAAGUGAAAGUCCUAAAAGACGGAGAGAGAAUAGACCAGUACUACAAGGUGCUGGACCUCAUCGGCGAGGGCAGGUCGGGCAAAGUCCACGAGGUCGUAGACGUGAAUAAGCCCGACGAGAAGCUGGCGAUCAAAAUUCAGCCCAAGUUCGAUGAAUUAGGAGGUAACAGUCCCGAGCGCGAGCUCGCGAGGCUGUAUAAGGAAAUGCUGAUUUGCAACAGAAUUCUGCCCCCACACGAGAAUGUUGUCCAGAUGAAGGACUUUGUCGUAGGCAAAGACAAAGUGUACAUCGUGCAAGAAUUGUGUGUGAAGAAAAUCGACCUGUUCAGUUUCUUCGGCGGCGCGCACGAGACCAGCGCGCGCAGAGUGUUCAAGCAAUUAGUGAGUGCAGUGCACCUGUUUCACCAGUAUGGCGUCGUGCACAACGACCUGCAGCCGCACAAUGUGCUCUUCGCCGACACCCAGUUCUCGACGUGCCGAAUCAUCGACUUCGGCCUCUCGAUUUACAAGCCCGCCUGGGCCAAGAAGGUCCAUAGCAAUUUCAAACCAUACGAUUGGUUCAAAGCCGAAGACCUCGAAGGGGCCACCGACAUGGCCGCCUCCAGCCGAUACGAUAUCAGGGCCUUGGGCAAAUUCCUGCACGCCAUGAUGGCUGGAAAGCACAUUCCCAUCAUCUACUCGGAUAUGUCGUUCACGAUGCACAAUCCCGAUCACUACAAGCCUCGAAAACAACUCUUCUGCACUGCGGCUUUCGAUUUGCUCUUCACCAUAGGCCCGCCUCCUUUCGGACCCGAGCUCGACGACGAGCUGCCGACCAUCGAGGAGAUUCGGAAGCACCCUUGGCUCGUGCAAGGGCACCUGAGUCGCCAGCAUAAGAUUUUCGAGGAGGAGUUCACCCAGUUGCCCGAGGAUUUCACCGUCCUCGAGGUCCUGCUCAAAGACAAAUCCACCAGGCCCUUGAGAGUCAUCCGCGACGAUCUCUCGAAUCAUUACAUCAUCACGGGAGAGUUGCAUCGGACCAACUCCACGAUCGGGGUCAUGGAGGGAGUGGAUGCCAAGACGAAAAGCUUUAAGAAGGCUCUGAGACUCUUGAGCAAGGUCGACGUGACGCUGAUGUCGGCCCGAGAGGCACGCCUAGAGGCUUUGAGGAUUUACAACGAGCUGGUAAUCACGUUGAGAAUUCUCCCCUCGUAUAGAAACAUCGUGCACAUAAGCGAGGUGCUUUUGACGGAAGAUUACGCCAUGGUCGUCAGAGAGUUGUGUGGGACGCAGACGCUCAUGGAAUUCUUCCCUGUGGCCAAAAACCACAGCGCGCGCAAUAUCUUCAAGCAGCUCGCUGACGCUGUUCAAUUCCUUCAUCGGUACGGGGUGGUGCUCGUGGACUUGAAGCCGCACCACGUUGCUUUCAUGGAUGCAGGCUUCUUCUCCUGCAAGAUCAUCGACAUGAGCAGCGCUGUUUACAACUGGGAGCUCGCUGAAUGCACUCAUGACUUUUUCCAGCCCGGCAGAUUUAUCACCCCCGAGGUCACCAAAAUGCUAGGACCCGGCAAUCCUGAAGACGAUGUCAGAGCCCUCGGCAGGAUUCUGCACGCCAUGAUGUCUGGGGCGUGGGAAUCUAAUACUGGCACGAGGACCUUGGCACCAGCUCGACCGGGUUUUCACAAGGAUGCGCUGAAUCUGCUUUCCUUAAUAGGCCCACCGCCCUUGGGACCAGAAUUGUUGCAGAAGACCUUGAGCAUAAAUGAAGUAUGUGACCAUCUUUGGAUCAGUCCUGUGCUCAAACCACGAUGAUCUCGAUCCAGCCUGAUCGAAAGACUUGCAGAUUUUUCCGUUCUCGCGAAUCUCCAGGUAAAUCCGGUGAAUUCGACGUCGUGGCCGUCACAAGGUAAGUCACUAACCACAACUCUCGAACGAGAUCGAUGACUUUACAGACUUCGCCCUUUUUAUGAAACUCAGAGGAUCUCCCCGUCGCAGCCGUCUAAAGGUAAGCAAGAAAUGAUAAAUUCGCAUAUCCUCUAGUACGUCGUCAUACCGCAACGAUGUAAAUUCGUUAAUUAUGGAGGCACACACACAUUACUAUUUCUUUUUGGUUGCCCUCGAUUCGUUCUGGCUUUAACUUUCGGCGCUCAGUGUCCGAGAUGAACGGAAUCUAGUGGAACGAAAAUGGUUAGGUACGAGUGAAGGGUUAGGAGCAUGUGAGAUGUAUUUAAUCUGCAGUUAUCAGUAAUGCUAGUGCGAAUUAGACGAGGUCAAACGCUCGGCGUAGAUCAAAACUAAUGCAAGUUCAGACUACUCUACGUCAGAAUUGCUCGGCAGGACAAUCGUCAAGUCACCAUGGAAAUCAUUUACGAAAGAGAACCAUCGUAGUGCCUGAGGGACAACCUUUUCCUGCGAAGAUAAUCCAGAAAUCGAGACCAGUCUUGACAUACACACCAUAAACCAAAGCUGCAUUUCAUUCUUUGAGGUAUGGACAAUGAACUCUUCACGUCGAUGUCCACAUGCAUUCAAUUUCGCUCUAACUACAUGUUGAUACAAAGAAUGACCGGAAACUUGGUACAGGGCAUCAACUAGAAGCAAACAGAAUGCGCCGUGUAUAUGGACAUGGACAUGCAAGGCCAUGUGAAUAACCUCAAACAAGGUCGCUUCACCAAUCGGAGGUCCAAGUAGACCUUCGAUUGCAUGCGCUAAGUGCUUUCAGACGAAGGGUCUGCUAAUGCCUUCACUCGAAUCCAUGGUUUCACACUGAACUGUCGUCCAGGCUAUGUCAAUUCCAGCUAUCCAGAAUCUCAUGGUUUUUGUACUGGAUUAACUUCACGAAUCAGCUUUCCAGAAUUUACGUUCAUUUCAUUGUGGAUCAAUAAUAUCCUGGUAAACGAAAUAUCUUGGAAAAACAUUAAUUUCUGAGAAGUCAUCUAUCCAGAUUAAACGUUCUGUGCUGAGGAUUGUGCAGUUCAUAUAUGUUCUCAAGGAUGAAAUCGACAGCACCUCUGACGAUGAUGGAGUUUCGAAGGCCAGGUUCAUGUGAAGCAGGAGUUUCUUUCCACUGGAACUUAGGUUUUCAAGAGAGUAUUUUAUUUUCUUACCAUCUAUAACAUAUUGAAUUGCAUCUGUUCAGGAUAAUGUCUGGACUUCGCGAGCAAUCCAUUCUUCGACAUAACAAGGUUUCGAGGGAGACCAGGGCGUGCGAGUAGUUUUGACCUUGAGCAUGGUUAUGUGUGAAUAAUGUGAAGAAGUGAUGAGAAGCAGAAACGAUAUAAGCUGUACAUCGAUCCGUGUACAGUGUACGGUUUACAUCGAUGUCUGUACAUCGAUCGAUGUACAGAAAUCUUUCACAAUUCCUUAAGUUUAGUCAGCAAAAUGAGUUCGCGAGCAGUUGUCAGUGUGAUCGUAUCCAUGGGGAGGGGCCAAACGAAGGAAGAUAAAAUAAACAGCUUCGAGAGUCGGGUCAGUCCUUGCCGGCAACCGACCUUGAGGUUGAUUACAAUGUCAGAUGAUGAUAUGAAAUUGUGACCCUCCAGUGAAAAUUUACACAUGGAAGAAAACAAUACGAAGUGUCAAAUAUUGCUAAAGUCUUACGGCUUUUAUCUCAUUGAAAGUUGCCAAGAGGAGCAAUGAAGAGCAAAUAAGAUUAUCUUCACAUG